GAGGAACGAGUUUUUCGUCCAAGGGUUUGAAAAUCCAGCUCCUCUGCCUCGCUCGCUGACGCGGGCUUUGUCGACCGGAUCGCGCACAGGGCACAUUUUGGCGUUCUCUCGGAUAAGACUUUGAUCUCAGGAAUCAGAAACGGAGCUUUUAUUUUGGUUCAGUUCUUUGUUCUGCAGCAUUCGAGCUUGAGCUAUGGACGAGAGCCUGUACGACGAGUUUGGUAAUUAUAUAGGUCCGGAGAUUGAGUCGGACGAUGAAGAUUUGGAUGUCGAGGAGGAUGAUGAUGAGCGCGGAAAGCCCGACGCGAAUGGUCUCACCGAUGGAGAGGAGGCGUGGAUGUCGCAUGUUGACAAUGGAGAUGCUCAGUUCAACGAUGAGGAGAUGGAGCCCGAAGGCGCUGUUGUUCUGGCCGAAGAUAAGAAGUAUUAUCCCACUGCCAUGGAGGUAUACGGCGAGGGAGUGGAAACUCUUGUCAUGGACGAAGACGCCCAACCUCUAGAGGACCCAAUAAUCAAACCUAUCAAAACUAAGAAUUUUGAAGUUGCAGCGAGAGAUGGACUAUCAACGUAUGUUCAGACUGACUUCAUGCUCGGUCUCAUGGGAAAUCCUACUCUCAUCAGGAAUGUGGCCUUGAUAGGUCACCUCCAUCAUGGGAAGACCCUCAUCAUGGAUAUGCUUGUGGAGCAAACACAUGAGAUAAAGACCUUGGAUCCAAACAGUGAGAAGCAUUUAAGAUACACUGACACUCGAAUUGAUGAGCAGGAGCGUCAGAUAUCAAUAAAGUCGGUGCCCAUGUCUCUGGUCCUGGAGAACAGCAUUGGCAAAUCAUACUUGUGCAAUAUCAUCGACACCCCAGGUCAUGUGAACUUUUCUGACGAGAUGACUGCAGCCCUAAGACUGGUCGAUGGUGCCGUAGUUGUUGUUGACGCUGUGGAAGGAGUUAUGGUUAACACAGAGAGAUCAAUCAGACAUGCCUUGCAGGAGAGAUUACCGAUUGUGCUUGUCAUAAACAAGGUUGAUAGGUUGAUCACGGAAUUGAAGUUGCCUCCAACAGACGCCUAUCACAAGCUUCGUCAUACUCUAGAAGACUUGAAUAGCCUCAUGGCUGCAUAUUCUGCAGGGGGAGAAGGCCCACAACAGUUUGAUCCAGUUUUUGGAAACGUGUGUUUUGCCAGUGCGACGGGUGGAUGGUCAUUCACUCUUCUUUCGUUCGCCCAGUUGUAUGUAAAGCUCCAUGGCAUCCCUUUUGACGCCGCAAAGUUUGCUACGCGCCUUUGGGGAGACUUGUACUACCAUCCCGACACAAGAACCUUCAAAAGAAAGCCUCCAACCAGCGGGGGAGAGAGGUCAUUUGUGCAGUUCAUUCUGGAGCCACUGUAUAAAAUAUACAGCCAGGUUAUUGGUGAACACAGGAAAAGUGUAGAGAUUACUUUACAGGAGCUGGGAGUUACUCUUAGCAACUCUGAUUACAAGCUUAAUGUGAAGCCUUUGCUGAAAAUAGCUUGCAGCUCUGUAUUUGGAGGUACGACAGGUUUCACUGACAUGUUGGUGCAGCAUAUACCGUCGGCCAAGGAAGCUGCAGCCAUUCGAGUUGAGCAUACCUACACUGGCCCACAUGACACAUCUCUUGCCCAGUCAAUGAAAGAGUGUAACUCAAGCGGGCCACUGAUGGUGAAUGUUACGAAACUCUAUCCCAAAGCUGAUUGCAGUGUGUUCGAUUCAUUUGGAAGAAUUUUGAGUGGUACAAUUCAUACGGGACAGUCAGUUCGGGUUCUUGGAGAAGGGUAUUCACCUGAUGACGAAGAAGAUAUGGCUAUCAAGGAAGUGACCAAGUUAUGGGUAUAUCAGGCCCGAUACAGGAUCCCGGUUACAAAAGCUCCGGCGGGAUCAUGGGUAUUGAUUGAGGGUGUGGAUGCCUCUAUCACGAAAACUGCCACUCUGUGUCCUGAGUUCUUAGACGAGGAUGUGUACAUAUUUAGACCGUUGCAGUUCAAUACACUUUCUGUAGUGAAGACAGCAACCGAACCCUUAAAUCCUAGUGAAUUGCCCAAGAUGGUAGAAGGCCUUCGUAAAAUCAGUAAGAGUUACCCUCUCGCUAUAACGAAAGUAGAGGAGUCAGGAGAGCACACUAUUCUGGGAACAGGAGAAAUAUUCCUCGACUCUAUUAUGAAGGAUCUUCGCGAGCUUUACUCGGAAGUUGAAGUAAAGGUCGCAGAUCCUGUUGUAUCAUUUUGCGAGACAGUGGUGGAGACCUCGUCCUUGAAAUGUUUCGCAGAAACUCCAAACAAGAAGAAUAAACUCACGAUGAUUGCUGAGCCUUUGGAAAAGGGUCUAGCCGAGGAUAUCGAAAAUGGUGUAGUGAGUAUCGACUGGCCCCGCAAGAGACUUGGUGACUUUUUCCAAAACAAGUACGAUUGGGAUUUACUUGCGGCCCGGUCAAUUUGGGCCUUCGGUCCUGACAAGCAGGGACCAAACAUUCUUCUUGACGAUACCCUACCCAGUGAGGUAGACAAGAGCUUGCUCUCUGCUGUCAAGGAUUCCAUUGUACAAGGGUUUCAGUGGGGUGCACGUGAAGGCCCUCUUUGUGAUGAACCUAUUAGAAAUGUGAAGUUCAAAAUCUUGGAUGCUAUCGUCGCUCAAGAACCUUUGCACCGUGGAGGCGGCCAGAUUAUUCCUACAUCCAGGCGUGUCGCAUAUUCAGCUUUCCUCAUGGCCACCCCUCGUUUGAUGGAACCAGUCUAUUUUGUAGAGAUUCAAACUCCAGCGGACUGUAUGUCAGCUAUAUACACGGUCUUGUCAAGGAGACGUGGGCACGUUACUGCAGAUGUACCUAAGCCAGGAACGCCAGCUUACAUUGUUAAGGCUUUCCUGCCAGUAAUCGAGUCUUUCGGGUUCGAGACGGAUCUUAGAUACCACACGCAAGGACAGGCUUUCUGUUUGUCUGUAUUUGACCAUUGGUCGAUUGUGCCCGGUGAUCCUCUUGACAAGUCUGUUGUUCUCCGGCCCUUAGAACCAGCUCCUGUUCAACAUCUUGCUCGCGAAUUCAUGGUGAAAACUCGAAGACGGAAAGGUAUGAGUGAAGACGUGAGCAUCAACAAAUUUUUCGAUGACCCUAUGUUGUUGGAGCUUGCCCGCCAAGACACCGAUUUGCAGCAAAUUCUCUGACAUUUUUGCUCUUUUAUCCCCUGUUAUCCUCAAGAAUUAUGGGCUACGGACGUUUUGAUCUUAUCAUUACAGAUCUGUACUCGUCUAGUAGUGAGGUUGUUGAAAAUAGGAUCCAAUACGAAGAAUGCUCUCCCGGAGAGCUUGUAUAUUUAAUUUUAGUUGACACAAGCAAUCCAAUGAAAAGCUUC